UCACCUGAUGAAGGUGUUUACUCUUCAUCAUCAUCAUGUUUUCACCAGUUGAUCAGUUUUAAAUUCACUUUCUUCAGUCUCAGCUCUGACUGAAGAGAUGAAAAGGUUAAAAUCACAGUUACACAACACAAAGACUUGAUGGUUCACACAUUAAUCUACACACACACACGUUAUAUACAUCCUCAGCAUCAUGACACUUCCAGUCUCUGUGUUGUGAAGAAGACCAUGAUGAAGUAACAGCUGCUGGUUGACUCCAACCAAGAGACUCAAACAGCUCUGAUGUCCAUUCACUGACUUUGUUAUUGCUGACAAACACUUAAAGAUCUUGAGGAUAAAAGCCAGGUCUCAAUAAAACUGGAGUCUAAAAGAAAACCAUCGUCCAAGGAAACUUCAAAUAACGAAGAGAGAACUGUAAAUAAAUAAAUCAUAUGGACAACGGUCUAACUGUAAUCAGGAUCAAAUAUUUAUUUUACAAAUUAUAUAGACACACCUGAUACAGAUGAACUGAUACACAUAGAAAUCAAUUGUUUCUUUCUCUCUCAGGAUUUACAUGAAUAUAUUCAUAUUUACAGAUUUACAUUUAACAGUCGCACAGUCACCGUCUGACUUGUUCCCAUGGUAACGAUCUUUAUGUAGUUGUAUGGUUACCUUGGUAACCUAGCACUAACCAUUAAAUAUGAAAUAACAUCAUAAAAAUAUAAAAAUGAUGUGAUGUGAUAUUUGAUUUAGUUUGUCAUUUAUUUUAGCAGGAAGUCCCACUGAGAUAAAACGUGUCUUUUACAGAGACCUGGCAGGAGAGCAGCCGCACAAAUAUGUGACUUUACAACCAACACAUGAAGAUUCAGUCACUGACUACACUGAACUCUGCAUCACAGGUUGUUAUGAGAUGUAGAAACCAUGUACAGCUCACACUGUGUUUCUAAAGUAACAUGCUACAGACACGUUACAGUCACAGCUCUGACAGUCUGGUUCAACGUGACCAUGAGCCUCAGCCAUCAGCAGUGUGUUUGCUGCUCGGAGAAUAACUUGACUUUAUGACCGACCGAUCAGCAGCAGCUGGUCGCUGUGAGUCUGGAUCUGUGAACACACAUGUGGAGCAGCUGGAAGUCGGGUUUUGGUGGAGCUGUGGUGCAUUUAAGAACAUUUUAGGAGAGAAAUAAGCGGGAAAAGGCCCCGAGCAGCGGCGGCCACCGCGGUGACCGGCUGAGGUUUGGAGGCUCCACAAACAGAAAGCCGAGAGCCUCCGAGCUCCGGACGACUUUAAUACGAAGAGAGCCGAGUCCGCUCCCGGCUCCUCCACUGUCCGCCUCCAGCUCCUCUCCCACGGUGCUUUGCGAGCCUUUUAUCCGCGAGGAGAAAACACAAGUGUCCCGGUGUUCACCCCGACCACAGGAGCCACGGCUGCACUGAGUCUCCACGGUUCUCAUGGUGUGUUCAAGUGCCGCCUCCUGCUCCGAGCUCCCAUCAGUCCGCUCCGAGUACACACGAAGCUCACAGGAAACAAUGGCAGAGGUCGCUCCCGCUCCCGCUCCAGCCGCCGCCCCGGCCAAAGCAGCCAAGAAGAAGGUUUCCAAGCCCAAGAAGGUCGGCCCCAGCCUGGGGGAGCUCAUCGUUAAUGCCGUGGCCGCAUCCAAGGAGCGGAGCGGCGUGUCCGCGGCCGCCCUCAAGAAGGCUCUGGCUGCCGGAGGCUACGACGUGGAGAAGAACAAGGCCCGCGUCAAGACCGCCAUCAAGAGCCUGGUGGCCAAGGGGACUCUGGUCCAGACCAAGGGAACCGGGGCCUCCGGCUCCUUCAAGAUGAACAAGAAGGCUGAGCCCAAGGCCAAGAAGCCGGCGGCCAAGAAGGCCGCUCCCAAAGCCAAGAAGCCCGCCGCCAAGAAACCCGCCGCGGCCAAAAAGCCCAAGACCGCGGCCGCCAAGAAGCCGGCAGCUGCUGCUGCUAAAAAGUCCCCCAAGAAGGUCAAGAAACCUGCAGCAGCGGCUAAGAAAGCAGCCAAGAGCCCCAAGAAGGCCACCAAGAGCCCCAAGAAGCCCGCCAAGAAGGCCCCUGUACCCAAGAAAUCCCCCGCCAAGAAGGCCCCUGCGCCCAAAAAGGCCCCCGCCAAGAAGGCCGCCAAACCCAAAGUCAAGAAGGCCGCAGCCAAGAAGAAGUGAGCUGUCCUCCCUCCGACACAUGUUGAUCUUCAUCAAAGGCUCUUUUAAGAGCCACACACCUGUC